UCUCACACACACACACACACACACACACACAAUGCUGCACUUGUGAACACCCACUUUUUUCACCAAGAAGCAUUUUUAACUACUCAGCAUUAGAGAUACAGUGAGUUUGACUGCAUCUGCAGUUACUCUAAAACCUAACGAAGCACUUAACCCAGGAACAAAGAGGCGAACUGAACAAAAGUGUGGAGUGGAGCGGAGGUUGGGUUGUUUUUUGGCGGUGGAGGGUCCCACAUGCCUGGGUUGUGAAGGCAGCCUGUGUCCUGGCUGAACGUGGGGGAUCGUACAUGGUGAAUUGCAUUUUUUAGCUUCAGUCCAGCUCUGCCAAAUCUCACAUCAUGUCGGGUGCCUACGAUGAGUCAGCCAUGUCCGACGAGACCACGGACAGUUUCUGGGAGGUUGGGAACUACAAGCGUACAGUAAAGCGAAUCGAGGAUGGCCAUCGACUCUGCAGUGACAUGAUGAGUUGCAUCCAGGAGCGUGCCAAGAUCGAGAAGGCCUAUGCGCAGCAGCUCACCGACUGGUCCAAGAGGUGGAGGCAGCUGGUGGAGCGAGGGCCGCAGUACGGGACUUUGGAGAGAGCCUGGGUCGCUCUGAUGACAGAAGCAGAAAAGGUGAGCGACUUGCACCAGGAAGUGAAAAAUAACCUGCUGAACGAGGACUUAGAAAAGGUGAAGAACUGGCAGAAAGAGGCCUACCACAAACAAAUGAUGGGCGGUUUCAAAGAAACCAAAGAGGCAGAAGAGGGUUUCCGAAAAGCCCAGAAGCCUUGGGCCAAAAAACUCAAAGAGUUGGAAACAGCAAAGAAAGUGUACCACAUGGCCUGCAAAGAAGAAAAAAUUGCAUCCACAAGGGAGGCCAAUAGCAAAGGAGAGGCGUCAGUCUCAUCAGAUCAGCAAAAGAAACUCCAGGAGAAGUUGGACAAGUGCAAAAACGACGUUCAAAAGGCCAAAGAGAAAUAUGAGAAGAGCCUUGAUGAGCUCAGCAGGUGCACGCCGCAGUACAUGGAGAACAUGGAGGUGGUGUUUGAUCAGUGCCAGCAGUUUGAGGAGAAGAGGCUGAGCUUCCUCCGGGAAGUGCUUCUGGAUAUCAAACGCCAUCUCAACCUGACCGAGAGCCAAAGCUAUGCUGCAGUCUACAGGGAACUAGAGCGAAGCAUCGCCUCAGCCAGUGCUCAAGAAGACCUCAGGUGGUUCAGCAGCGUCCACGGGCCAGGCAUGCACAUGAACUGGCCACAGUUUGAGGAGUUCAACCCAGAGCUGAGCCACUCCAUUAAUAAGAAAGAGAAGGUGAAGAGGAACCAUGAUGGAGUCACGCUGACUCAAGUCACACAUGCUGUAGAUCAGGGCACACCGCAGACUGCAAACCGGGGCAGCGUGAGCAGUUCUGAGAAGAACCAGCAGUAUUCUGCCGAAUGGUCCGAUGAUGAGCAGCCGCCCACGGCUCAACCAGCCAGCGAAACAAACGGCGGUGGAAAUCCGUUCGAAGAGGAGAGUAAAGGAGUGCGAGUGAGAGCGCUGUAUGACUACGAGGGCCAAGAACAAGAUGAGCUCACAUUUAAAGCAGGAGAAGAGCUGACAAAACUGGAGGAUGAGGACGAGCAGGGUUGGUGCAAAGGCCGGUUGGACAGCGGUCAGCUAGGCUUGUAUCCAGCUAACUACGUCGAGCCUGUUUAGAACGGUGAAGAGAGCCUUAAAGACUUUACCCCGCACUGCUCGAAUGCAAGAUUUCAGAGAAACUCUAAUGUCCUUGCCUGAUUGACUUGCUGAGAAGCUUUACGCAGUUUCCUCAAUACCAUAACGAAAAACCCCUACAGUAUCCAAAACACAUAUCAUACCCCAGCGAGAGCAGGGAAUGAUUCUGUGUGUCUAUGUAGCCAUGUUCAGUAUGAGUUAUUGUGCUGCUGACAUGUGUUCGUGUAUGGUCUCCUGUAACAAUAUUAAUGUGAUGACGUCCAUGAAGCCUAGCAUAGCGAGAAUCGGCUAUGCAAUGUGUAUACAAGACUUUUAUUUUGAAGUGGAGGUUCUGCGUUAAACCUAGUGGCCCUUUCUUGUGUAUCAACAUGAAAUGCAAUUUUCAAUCUAUUUUGCUUACAUAAUUUGAUGUAUUUAUGGAUAUUCAAUGAGAAAAAAAAUGAGCGGGACUUGCUUUUAUGUUAAUUGGAUGUGAAAAGAGGGCUAGAAUGGAUCCAUGUGGUUAAGGGGAGGGGCUUGAAAAUUAAAGGGCUUGAUGACAUCAUUCAACAAGGAGAGUUGUUGUAGAGGUGGAGCAUAUUGUUUUAACAUAUUUUUCUCGAUUCACAAUAAGACCAGAAACAUGUGUCAAUAGGGUCAGUUUUGUUGUAAUCCAUCAUGAUUUUUUUCCCUAGUGUAAAUAAUGCCUCAAAACACAUUAAAUUCACUUUUUCUUGUUUUUUUUUU